AUGACGUUAUCAAUAACAGCUCAUAUUUUGCUUUGUUGUGCAGUUCUUCAGCAAGGUGGAAGAAAUCCAUCUCAGAAGACAGUCAAUAAAUACUGGACACUCCAGACCACAUCAUUAAAUUUUGAUGAUUUUUGUUUCAUCUUAAGACAAGAACCACCUAUUAGGGAAACAGAACUACUCAAGGCAUUUGCAAAAAUAGAUACAGAUAAUGAUGGCUGCAUUCUGCAUAGUGAACUUUCUAAAAUUCUUACAACUAGAGGUGAAAAAAUGACUCUUGAUGAAGUCAGUGCAAUUACAGAACUAGCUGAAGUGAACAAUGAUGGGAAAUUUUACUACUAUAAGUUUUGUAAAUCGUACAUGACAUUCAGUGAGCAGUGUCUGAAGAAUGCAGUAGAGAAACUGGAUGCUAAUUGUAAACUGAAGUGUCAGCAGUUUGGAAGUCAACACAAGACCUCAUCAGAAAUGGCAGAGUCACCACUUUCAACAUCAUUACCAAAAACAACUAGGAAAAUAGGGGUUGGACCAACAUUAAAAAGAGAUCAUUGCAAAUCAUAUUCACAAGGCCCCUCAGUGCCCAGUUGCAAAAUAUGUGUUUCUUCCGCCAUCAGUAUGGGUGCCUGUUGCAAGAAGGACUCAAAACUGCUUGUGGCAAGUACAACAAAGGAAUGGCAUUGUGCCCAAUCCAGAGGAUGCUUCUUCUUUCAGAACAAUGGAGAGAUAAUUAGUCAUAAAUAUAAACUAUUCUUGACUCAGAAAUCUGCAGUUUGUAUCACCAUUAAGCCUGUCAAGCUUAGCCAGAGAGAAGGCAAAAGCACCCCAUGGUUAACAGUGGACACAGCUUUGUUCAUAAUCAAGGGAACAGAAGAUAAUCUAGAAUUUAUGAGCUUCACUGAGCUGCAUAAUAAAGAGACUUAUGGUUGGAGAGGGGAACUUGAAGCUGGCAUCUAUUGGUUGGUCCCUUUUACCACUGGCUGUAGAUUCAAAAAAGUGAAGAGGCCACCUGAAGUAGAAGCCAAACUUAUUUAUAGAGAUGUAAAUGGAGACUUCACACUCACCAGAGAAUUCAGAGCAGUCUUAUUAGAAAUAUUUGAAAUGAUUGAUUUGGAUGGGAACGGCUUUCUCAGCCUGGAAGAAUACAACUUCUUUGAGAUGAGAAGUAGCGGUGAGAAAUGUGACGAGGAGGCUUGGGCCAUGUGCAAAGAGAACUUUGAUACAAAGAACAGUGAACUAACAAAACAAGGAUUUGUGGAUCUGAACUUCAUGGAAGCCAGCGAACGAAGUGGGGAUCUUAGUAGCCUCUGGAUGACUUUGCAAUCAAUAGGCUACAAUAAAGCACUGGAAUUAAAUGAGGCAUGUCCUUUUUCUAUUCAUGUAUUCGCUGAAAAGUGCAAGCCCAGAAUUAAACCAAUUUGUCUGGAAACUGGUGGAGAGCAGCUUAAGAAUGCCAUCUGUAUGAGUGUGAUUAAUAAAGGAGAUGCUAAGCCAAUGGAUCAUAGGGAACAGCUAAAUAUCCAUACCUAUAAAAGUGAUACACGGAUAACAGCUGUUAUUGAAAACAAGUCUGAAAGCAAAACGAUCAUUCACGUGAACAUUGAGAAAAAUAAGAACUGUGUGAAUAGCAGAGGGCUUGAUGCUUUUGCUGUUGAAGUGGCACCUAAAUCCAUGAUGAUCUGUCACCAUGUGAUGCCACUGAAUGACAAGGAAGAAUGGCUAUACAACUGUGUUUAUUCCAUCUUAUCUUGAGUUGUCAUAGGUAGGAAAAAAGGCAUACUACCAAUUCUCACAGAAAUGUUUCAGUUUUGGACUACCCUCUUGAUAUGUAAAUAACUUGAUUUAUCUCACCAUUUUUGAGCAGAGAAUCUGCAUGUGAUUUUCUUUGCUCCAGCUACCCUUUCUGUAACAUAAAUCAUUUUUGCCUCCCUGGGUUUUUGUUGUUGAUGUUGUUUUUGUUUUGGUAGGGGGAGACCUUCAGAUGUAAGUAACGUUACCAUUUUUGUGUUCCUAGACCUUUCUGGGAACAUUUCAGAUCAUUGUUGCACAUGUCAUUUUGAUCUAGAGCACUCUGUGGUUGCAAUGUUAUGUCUUUACAAAGAGCAGAUUCUGAAUCUCCCCUCUGAAACUUCUGCCUACCAAUGAUCAUUUUUGUUUCCAUAAUCCUGCUGCUGUGUAUUCCAUAUACGAUUGGUUUGUGCAGGUUGCAGGGAUCCACUUCAUUUUCUACAUUGUAAAUAAUUGGUUUCCAGGAAUAAAUUAUAUUUGUGCUCUGUUGUCUUCACAGUUUUCCUGAAGCUCAGCUUCUGAAAUAUAAAGCCAUGAGAGAAUAUUGAAAUUUUACUUCCUUUCUGUGCCACAAAGUAAUAUUUAAGAUGCAGCAAGCGCAUCUUAAAUAUUGCUUAAAUAUCCAUCUGCUUAUUUCAAGUAUAUGUUAUGUAGUAAUGAAGCAAUGGAACAAUAUAUAAUAGUAAGGAGUCACCUAAUAUUAGGCAACAUUUAGCAUUAAUAUUUUUUGUUUCUAUUUUGUAUAU